UUUGUUAUCACUUUUUUACUUUUAAAAAAUUGUGACAGAAAAGUGAAAAGUGAACUUUUUGCCGAAAGUAUUAAAAAGUUCGAGGGAUUAUUUUUAUUAUUAAUACUAAUUUUGUGUAGAAUAAUUCGAUGAAAUUGUGUCGGUAAUUUUUGCUUUUAUGAAAUAUCAGUUCUCGAUUGAUUAAACCAUGGUAAAUGUGUAAAUUUUUUUGAAAAAAAUUCGUGUGUGAUUGUGCUCAAAACACGUGUAAAGUGCUCAAAUAAACAACUAUGAAGACUUUUACAUCAUUAGUUUAGAAAGUGUCGGUGAAUAUUUUCGGCUGUGGUGUGCGGAUGAUAAAUUAUUGGCGGUCAGGUCGAAGAAAUUAUGAUGGAUGUGUUGCUGGUAUCGAACUUCAUCGCUGAUGUGUACUUAUGAAAAGACCCACUCAAAGAAGGCCGCCUGCGCUGUGAAAAAUACCUACACCAGUAAAAAAUUCUCGUGAUCUCGUUUAAAAACCAAAAAUGCGGCUGUGAAAAAUAAUUCCAAAUGGGGAGCAGGGUUCAAUGUGUUGAAAGAUAGGUGCUCUGGCCGCAUGAUGAUUUUAUUCGCACGCAACAACAACAACAGCAUCAACAGCAACAUCAUCUACAACGACCUCGAAGAGACAGUAAAAAUUUCCAAACCUUUGACUACGAUCUCCAUCUGCGAAAAAGUUACCAAUUUAGCCUUUAGAGUGUCCAAUAAAAGUAGAAAGAUCGUGAUACGGAAGAAAGCAUCGUCGUUACCGCGAACCGCUGCGAAUAUCCAGAGGUGGAAGACGCUCGUGGCAGCGGGACAAUGCGGCACGUUCCUUACUCGGCGUCUUCGUACAAGAACGGUAAAGAGUCUCGGGCGACAAUGGCGAUAAGUGCUAUGUCAGCUGAGGAUAGCUGGUUUAAUGGUAGGCAUCGGCAACAGGUACAACCAGCGACAUUGUGUAGAUUCGGCGAUGGUAUGGUAUACAGCAGUGUUGCCGAAGUGGGAGGUAGCGGUUUAGGCGGUGGUGGCGGUAGCGAUGAUAAUGUUAUCGUGAAUAUCAUCGACGAUGACGACGGGCGCUACGGCCAAGCAGCUAGUAAUGAAAACCAUCUCGCUCGAAAAGGUAGUGCUGUCGGUAUAAGUAGUGUUGGUAGUGAUACGAAUACGACGACGACGAAAAAUACGAGUUCGAAAGUUGUUAAUAAUAGUGUUUUGCGAUCUGACGAAGAAGAUGAGGUGAUAUUUGACGACGAUGAUGAUGAUGAUGAAGAUGACUACAAUGUACGAUCCAGCGAUGAAGAAUACGGUCGUAGGUUGCUGUUGAGUGCUCUGAGUGCGGCGGCUGUGGUACCUUCGUCUCGUCGAGGCGAUCUGCCCUUAGAGAAAUGGCCAUUGUAUCAUAAGAAAAGCUUCCUUUUCAAACGUAGACGCAGGCCGAGCCUCAGUAACGUGGUGGAGAUCUACGAGAAUUGCGUGGACGACGAUAAAUGCUCGAUUGCGCCAUCGCCAGCGACCUCAGCCUUUUCGACCAAAACGACCACACAGUGCGCCGGUACGAAUGUGGUGGAAAACGGUGCGUCUAAGGUGGCCGCCCCUGCCGGCUCCGGAUCCGGUCCAGGCUGCUUGGGCGCCACCUUGAUCGGUGGUUCUCGCGGUAGUGGCGAUUUAACGUCUUCGGCAGUGAUGUGCGGUGGCAGUGUCGGUGGUGUCGGUGGUGCUAAUAAUAGUAAAAAUAAUAAUUGUAAUAAUAAUUGUAUCAGUGGUGGUGGUAGUGGUCGCAAAUCGGCAACGCUGGCGACGCAGCCUGAUACCAACCUCAACCAUUCUUUUCUGCCGGAUACAACGGUGGUCCAGACGUCAUCCGCGUCUCCAGCCACCAGACCCGGAAGACUCUUCGGCAGUGCUACAGAUCUCCGAGAACAAAACGCCCUCAAAGAAUUAGCCAACUUCGCAGCUGCAGCAAAUGGCAACGUACCAUCAUCGUUACCAGCAUCGGUGCAUAAAGCUCGUCGAUCCUCGCUGUCUAAAUCCUGGUACGGCGAAGCUUGCUCCAACGUAGUCGAAAAGUUACCAUCUUUUAACGGAUCCUCAGCAGCUGAUAAAGACGGCUACGCUGCGUGGCGACGAAGGCGAACUUUUACCAGCGUGCCCGAGGACGAAGACGCGACCAUAGGUGAAAUUGGCGUAGACAGUGAAGAGAGAGUUGUUCUCUUAGAACGAUCGGUAUCGGUGCCCAACAACGAUGCGCUUUCAACCACUCCCACCGCUUCUUCAGCCACCAUCGUGGCUGCUGCCUCGGCCAAGUCGACCGGCUGCUGCGAGAAUUCGACGACGUCGCCGGCUCCUCCUCAGCAGACGACAAACGGUGCUAGCAAACUGGGCAAAUGGAGUAAAAGUAAAAUCGAUUUAUUGCUGCCCAGCUUGAAAUCGCUGGUUACAAUGACGACUAAUAAACUUUCGGCGAGCCGGCCAUCGAAUCUGAAUUGCCGAAGGAAUUCGUCCUGCGUUACCAAUAACUACUCGACGUCUAGAUUCGACGUUCGAACCAUCGGCUCUCCUUUGGCAGCCACGCUCAGACGGAAUAUCAGUCUGAAUAGCGUGCAGACCACGUCGUCGUCCAGGAAAAACGCCAGCUCCGAUAACCUAGUCGAAGUAUGCUUGCUAAAUAAGAAACUACGCAAGUGUAACACCGUCCUAACCCUGAGUGGCUGUAUUAGCAGGAAUUCGAAUGCCAGCGGUACCCUGCACGUCGAACCUUUACGGCCGGUUAACAGGCUAAGGGUGACACCCAAUUCGCAGGAUGUGUACACCACCUCGAGGAUGUGUUCCAGAUGCAGCAGCCUGCUCUCGAUGGCGUCGUCGUCCAGAUAUUCCCUUAAUUCGGCUCACGAUUUUGUACCGGUCGUCAGCCCCAGCGUGCUGUGUAAAGUCUGCUUGAAUGAAGUUCCUUUGAAAGAUUCGUGGACGUUGCAGCAUUGCGAGUGCUCCUAUUGCGUUGAUUGCGUUCGUUCGUACGUAGAAUUCGAAAUAAACCAAGGCGCUUAUAGUAUUUCAUGCCCGGAUGCCCAAUGCGAGAAGCAAGGCAUUAUUAUGUUGGAAGAAAUUGAAAGUCUAGUCAGUUUAGAAAAUAUUGAAAAACACAAAAGAUAUCGUUUAAAUAAAGAGGUGGAAAUGGAUAAAAGUCGAACGUGGUGUCCGCGCGCUGGCUGUGAAACAGUUUGUACCUUGUGUUCGACCGAUCGGUGUACCCCGCAAAGUGUGCAUUGUCCGACGUGUAAUAUGGAUUUUUGCUCGAAUUGCCGAACCUCUUGGCAUGCGGGAUCGCCUUGCAAGUCCGAAGAGGUCGUACCAGGAGUUACGUUCGAUUCGGAGCUGAUUAAGUGCUGUCCAAUGUGUAGCGUUCCUAUUGAAAAAGACGAAGGAUGUGCUCAAAUGUUGUGUAAAAGAUGCAAACAUGUUUUUUGUUGGUAUUGUCUGGCCUCGCUUGAUGAUGAUUUUUUACUACGACACUACGACAAAGGUCCAUGCAAGAAUAAACUAGGUCAUUCCAGAGCGUCGGUCAUCUGGCAUCGGACGCAGGUAAUCAGUAUUUUCGCCGGAUUCGGUAUCCUGUUACUGAUAGCAUCGCCUUUGCUGCUGCUGGCGGCGCCUUGUAUCGUAUGCUGCAAAUGUCGAGUAUGCACCAGUGACGCUAAACUAGACGUUGACGAUGAAAUAGUGGACGCCACAGAACUGCAAGGCAACGCCGAUAGUUUCAUCGAAAAAGAGCCAACCAGUGCAUUGGAUAGUGAUAGUUCUUAAAUAAGAGCAGAUACCGUGUCGUUUUAAUGUGUUUUUUUUCUCUGUUUGUUUGUUUGUCUCGUUGUAUAGGUAUAAGUGAUCAUAUCUAAGUACUAUACUAUGUGUUUAUAUGUGUGUACCCAUCCCCCCUUCGUUAGCCUUUAUACCCCAAGACCAGAAACAAAACCCCUUUUUUUUAAAAAAAAAGAAAAAAUCGAAGAGCGUAAACGUGGGCAUCUCUCUCGAAGUCUGUUUUCUUUACCGGCCACGUGUGGAAAUACCGAAAUAUCUGACACUUUAUCGGUCCCAGCACUCUCAAUGGUUGACCGAAUAUUAUGGGCAAGGCCGCCGGAGUAAAAUUUUAUCCGCUUGACUUGGCUGUGCCGGCGGUAUCCUUGAAAAUCGGUGUCGAAAUAGUCACGCUACCGAAUAAUUAAACCCAAACGUAGCUCGUACCUCAUGCAUGAGUACUGAGUAUAAUACAUAGUCGUCUUCGACUCGUACUCGUAUACUCGUGUUGUGAAAAACAAAAAUUCAGUAUUUACAUAUUUUUACCCCUCGUUACCGCCGUCUGUCUUCAUCAUCGUCGUCAACAGAGUCGAAUUGCACAUCGUUUGGGCUCGGGUCUGAAUGAGUCUUUCCCUUUCGUGAGCCAAAGUACACGUUUCCGUGUCCGUCGGUGAAAUAAUAAGAGAAAAAAAAUGGUGUGACACGUAGCAUGGGAAUGUUCCUACGAGUGAAAAAAAAUUAUUCGAAAAUUUUCGCAAUUUUUAUGUAUGUAGGUACGUCUUAUACGUAUUCAUUGUCGAGUCUAAAAGAUGAUAAAUGUUGGGCUAUUUGAGUAUGUAUUACGUAGAGGUACGAGUAAUUACCAUUCUCAACGGGAAUGUACCAAGGUCAGGGUGUUUCUUGAGAAAGUCCGCGCUUUGGCAUUGUUGAAUUGGCAAAAAUGACAAAAUAUACGAGAGCGAUGAUUUGUGUGGAAUUAUUAUUUUUUUGUUUGCGAGAUCCGAGACGAAUUGCUGCAGAAUGCGGGAGUGUUUAUACUCGUAUAGUGUCAAGGUUCGAUGAAAUAAUAAUUUGAGAAUGUUGAUUUUUUAUUUAUCUCUCGGUGAAAAAAGUAUAUUUUGUGACGGAUUUUAGAUGAGAUUAAUUGAUCUUUUUUUCGCCCUUGAGCAGUUUAUUGUGUGGUUUUGGAAAGUUGGGUGUAAUUUGACGAACUCAUUGACGGGGUAAAAAUUGAAUGAAUUUUGAAGUUUGUCAGAAAUUAGGUGCUUUUUGGAUAUUCACCUAUUUCUCUCUCCCCUAAAAACUUGAUCUCACUCUUAAAAAAAAAAAAAAAAAUAGAUAAUAUUAUGAUUUUUUUAAAUUACCUACCCAAUCAAAAAAAAAUUUAAAUAAAACUAAGCCCCUCCCCCCCAGUUUUUUGGCCUUCAGUAAUUUCAAUGAUUUGAUAUUCAAAAUCAGAUUCCUUCCUCUCCUUCCAUAGAAAUUAAAGAAAUUUGAAUAAACUUUUCAGAGCAGUUCGUGGUACAUGCUUAUAAAAAUUUAAAAAUAUUUAUUUCAAUGGUGUUCUAAAAAUUUUAAUCUUUCUUGUUUUUUUUUCACCACCAACUCGAAAUUUGUCCAGAAUGAGGAUGGGAGUUGAGGGUGAAACUUUGAAAUCCAGAAUUAAUUAAUUUCAUUGAUAUCGAGUCAGGUGUCAAAAUGUCAAGUUUUUUGCCUUCAGUUUUCAAAAGAAGUGAAUUUCAAAAUCAAUCAAUAUUUCUGAGUCGAAUUUGGGUUUCAGAUUCAGAAUGAAAAUGAAAUUUUAAAAUUGGUUUCAUUUUUCUACGUCUCACAUCCUCAAAAUACUGCCAACGUUUUUUUUUUUUUUUUUUUUUUUUUUUUUUUGAGUAAGAAUCCUGGCUUAAUUUGAGCAAAGAGUCGUUGAAAAUUGUUUUUGGUUAAAAAAAAAAAAAAAAAACAGAAAUUUUGUGAAAUUCUGAAGCAUGUUUAAAACAUUUUUAUUUGUGAAAAAAUUACCCUUUUUUUUGUUGAAAAAAUCGUUUUCUUACAACUAAGUGAAUUAAAAAAAAAAAUAAAAUAUUUUCUCACUUUCUCAUUUUUGAAAGUAAUGGGGGUCAUUUCAAAUUUUGUUGUUGUUGUUUUUUUCGUUCAAUUUUUUAAUACGUAUAAAUGAAAGAAGAGAGAAAAAAAUUUGUAAUCAGUUACCAAGUUUCCUCAUAAAUUUUUCCAUGGUUUCAACGUUUUUCUCUCCAAAUUAUUGUGGAUAAAACUUGUUUUUUUUUUGAGAAGGGAGGGGAAGACGAAAUUGAUGAAAGGGGCAGAAUAGAAAGAUUCUGAAUAUGAAUUUGAAAGAAAUUAAACCUUAUUAAAUUUCUGGAAAAUUCUGAAAUCAUCCUAAAACUCUAAUUAAUUUAACUCAAAGAAGUUUUUUUCAAAUUUUUGGAUCUGAACCUUUCUACAGAUUUUUUUCAACUUUUAUUUUGGGAAUUUCACGCCGCUCGAAGAAUAAGGAGUUAGAUUAAACUUAAUGUAAUGUAAUCAAAUGGGAUCGAAAUUGAUCGAAUUGAAUGAUUCAUGAUGUCUUUUUAUACAGCUUCAACACAUUCGAUCAAAAUUUACUCCAAACUUGAUCAAAUUGAGGAAAGGAGAUGUGGAAAGAUCUACAUAAGUGGACCCAACUCUGUUCUUAUCAAAAACCAUUGAAUGAAAUUUUAUCUGACUGUUGAAUGAGGAUGUAACAAGGUCAAAAGAUCAACAAAAAAAAUCAAAUUGAGUAUGAUUAUUUAAAUAAUAAAAAAAAAAAUACAACAAAUUUGAUCUUUUUCAAGAUUAAUGAACGAAGAUUUGAUUUGAAGAAGUCAAAUUGGAUAAACGAAAAUUUGAGGAGGUCAAAUUGGAUGUGAUCAUAAUAAAAAGAUUGCUUAAAUUUUGAUUUAAUUGAUGAAAAAAAAAUGUGCAGAGACCAAAAAAACAAUUUCAUGAUCUUUUCUGUUAAAUGUAUUAUUUUUCUUCAAUUUGGUAAUUUUAAUCAAAUCUGAUCUUUUUCAUCAAAUUAGGUCAGAUUGAUGAACAAAAAUAUGUAAAAAGAUCAAAAGAUCAAAUUGAGUAUGAUUUCAUUCAAAAAAAAAAACAACAACAACAACAAAUUUUGGUCUUUUUAAAAUUAAUGAACAAAAAUUUGAGGAAGUCAAAUUGGAUGAACAAAGAUUUAAGGAGGUCAAUUAAAGAUUGCAUCAGAUCUUUUUCGUCAAAUCUGAUCAGAUUCGUGAACGAAAAUGUGAAAAAGUCAAAAGAUCAAAUUUAAUAUAAUUUGGUAUAUUUUUUUAAAAAAGUUACCGCAAAUUUGAUUUUUUUUGAAAAUUGAUAAUGAAGAUUUUAGGAAGUCAAAUUGGAUGAACAAAGAUUUUGAGGUCGAAUUCGUGCAUCAAAAUUCAAAUUUAAAAUUUGGUUGAUAAAACAAAAAAUGUGAACAGACCAAAAAAAAAUUAAAACUUCAAUCUUUGAAUCAAAUUUACGUUAAUCUGUUUCAUCAAAUAUCAAAAAAAAAAAAAAAAAAAAAAAAAAAUGCAACAAGUUUGAUUUUUUUAAUUGAUGAAUUUUAGGUCAAAUGAAGUAAAUAUGAAGAGACCAAAAAAACCAUUAUUUCAAGUAUUUCAUAUUUUUCGUCAAAUUUUUCCUUUUUUGUUAACUUUGAGUAGAUUGAUGAACGAAGAUGUAAAAAAGUUGAAUAAUAGAUCAAAUUAGAUCGAAUCAUAUUUUAUUUUUUUUUUAAUACAUACUCAAAAAAUUUGAUCUAAAUUUGAGCUAAUUGGUGAGAAAAGAUAGAGGAGGUCAGAUUGAAUAAAAUCAGCCAAAAAAAAAAAAACAAAUAGCAUCAACAUUGCAUCAGAUUUUGAUCUCUUCGCAUUUUCCUUUCAUCAUUUUUAAGUAGGACAAAUUUUGAGUAUUUUUUAAAAAAUAAGAUGAUUACCUACAUCCAAUUUGACCUUUCAAGACUUUUCAAUCAUAUAAAAUUUGAUGUUAAAAAAAUCAAAUUUGAUGUUUCGCAUGUUCUUGAUAUAAUUAGAACAGGUUGAUCUUUUCAAGUCGACUUUCACCAAAUUGGAUCAAAUUUGAGCGGAUAAGAUUUCAUUAAAUUUGAUUAAGUUGGAUAAAUUGUCGAGUUGAAUCAUUUAAUUCGAAAAACUUCAAUCCAGUUUGAUCUCAUUACAUCUUUGAUCAGUCUCCAUUCAUUUGAUCAUUUCAUUGACGUGCUCUUCCCUCCUCCGUUUUCUGAUUUUGAAUUUUUUUUGUUCAAAAUUAAUUUCCAAGUCUUGAAAUAUGUAGGGUAAAUUCAAAGACGUAGGUACCUUAAAGCCCAAUUUAGACAUUUUCAUCACUUCGUGUGUUCGAAAUAUUCCAUUAUUCGUUCAUCGUUUUCUAGAUUUUAUGUUUCUCCCUGUAUAACGUUGAAAUACGAACUUUUCCUUCUUCCUGCUUCCUUUCCUUCGCCCUUCAAUCAAUCCCCUCCAAGGUACCCGUCAAGUAAUUUGGGCUGUGAAAGAAUCCUUUCCAACUUUCUUAAAUAGGGUUCGAAUAAUAAUGGCAUUUAAUUUCUUUUUCCUCGCUACCGUACCCUUUUUUGGUAAAUAAUGUGGUCUGUUGAUGAAAAAAAAAAAAAAAAAAAAAAAAAAUACGUCACACGAUGGAUAUUGUUAGCCAUUUAUAUAAUAAUUUGAUUUAGCGUGUUGGGAAAGUGUCAAAAAAAAAUCGUCAUAAAUUUUAAUAUUCGCUUAGGUAUUGUCGCAUCGUGAACCAGAAGAGGAAGGGGUGAGGUGAGGGGAAGGAGCUCCAAAGGAAAAAGGAAGGAGAGUUUUUUCUCCAUCACAAAGGAGUAUAAUUUUUAAUAUUUCAUGUUUACCUUUUUGUGACGUGUCGACGUGGUGACUGCCAAUGGUGAGCCCGAAGAUGGAAGGGAGAGGGGAGGGAGCUUUUAAAAUUCUGACAUGUUUCUUUUUUCGCUGAAUGGUGAAGCUUUCAGUUGACUUAAAUCGAAAAUAUUAUAGGUAGGUGAUGUUCUGAUGAUGAUGAUGAGGCGAGUUUUACGAAGCUUCGACGUAGUUUGGGUACUUAUAUAUGUAGGUAUCUUGUAAACAGAGUAAUAAUCGAGAGUGAGGAAUGAACGUUGUGAUUUAAAUGCUUUAUAUGAUAUAAUGACGACGAUGAAGGAAAACCUGGUAUACGAUGAAGAAAUUUCUCGAAUCAGUGGUCGUUUGGCAGAAGAAACUCGACUCGUAGUAUUACAGCUUGGCAGGUACCUAUAUAGUGAGAACCAGAGAGAUAUGUUGCAACAAGGUGUUUUCCCCGAUCAGGUAUAUCUACCAACUGUGUAUAGGAAGAUAUUGGAUAUAUGUAUAUUGAUUGGUACUUGGAGCCAAAACAACAACGAGAGGAGGCAGAUUUUCAUGACAGAACGUUACCGUCGCGACCUUGAAGCUAUAUUCAUAAAUCGAGUAAUUAAUACGCGUACGACGACUGUAUUGGGAAUUAGUUGUUCAUUUUCGAAUUUCCAGAACCCCCCGAGGUGUUUAUUUACAACCAAGCGGGGGUCAUUGACGUCAUGAUAGAAUAUCCGCGUUAUACGCUCUUCGAUUAUGGUUAGUUACCGUUGUUUUAUUAAAUUAUUGCGUAUUUUUUUCCUACUCCGACGAAUUUUUCUUCUUUUUGUUUUUUUUUUCGAGCCGAAAUACUUAGCGAAAGUGUUAACGUAAUAGGUAAACAAAGGCGUGGUGAUAUUAAGCUGCCAUUGUGGUAAUUGUUUCGUCGCUUUACCUUUCAUUAUAUUCUGUGUAGAUAAGUCUUAUCCGUCGAAUGUGCGAUAAUAUUAUGUACACCGUGCAUAUAUAAGCUACUUUCAUACGUACACGAGCUCUCAACUCGAGCUUUCAUUACGCCCCCCUGCGAUGCUUUCUCUUUCGAGUAUACUUUAGUAGUUUUGAAAAAAAAAAAAAAAAUGAAACAUAAAAAACCGAGGAAUUUUUACAGUGAUAAUGCUAAAAGAAUACCCAUCGUUGGAUUUUUUCCUAUAUUGCGUCGAAUAAACUCGUCUAUUUUCCCUUCCAUUUAAGAUGGAAAUUUCCCAUUCUUUAUUUACACAGCCAUACCUAACCUAACCCAGGUAGACCUACGUAAUUAAUUAAUUUUAAUCCCGAACACGAAAAAGUCUCGUUGUCACGUUUAUUCUUCUACCUGGUUUCUUCUCUUUUUCUAAAAAAAAAAAAAAAUGAAAAUGAAAAUGGGGGAUUUUUGUUUUAUAUUAUUCGCGACCAAGUUCCCAGCGUGACGCGGUUUGCGAUUAAAAGUUGAGAAAUUUUUUACUUUUUCACAAGUCGAGUUGAAAGUUUUAAUUAUGAAUAUUGAAGCGAUGUAAAUUAAACAGGAAAACAACACGAUUAUACCUACUACGAAUACCAAAGACCAAGGUUCUCACGUCUUGGCUGGCUAAAUUAAAUCCGAGUAGAGGAAAUAAAUUUUAAACAAUUUUUCAACUGGCUGUGGUACGGUUUUUGUGUAAUUUUUAUUAAUAAUUUUUUUUUUUUUUUAAUAAUGAAACGGUAAUUGGAUAAAUUAAAGUUUUAGUGACGAUAUUGGUGUGAAAUGCUGGAAAUUGGAUUGCAUUAUGAUUACUUUCGUAAUAAUUGAGAUUGCUCGGAGAUGAGAGGGGGGAGGGACAUGGGAGUUCAAAAAAAAUUUAUUCGAUCAUAUUUUUUUAUUGAAAUAAAAUCCUCAAUGUUUCAAAUUGAUUGCAAAGGAGGGAAAAGAACUUGAGAAUUUCUUUGAUUUAAAAAAAAAAAGCUCGAUCAAUGGCUUAAACAUGGUCACUUACUUAACGGAUUGAAUUUAGAGAAAAUCGAUCAAAAAUUAUUGGAUGGGCAAAAAACAACUGAAAAAUUGUCUCUGAUUUGAAAAAUCCAAGUUCAAGCAAUUUUGUUCACUCAAUUUGCAAUUUUUUUCUUCAAAAUUUACCUUUAGAAGUUUAGAAGAAUCAUUCUUUUCGAAUAAGUACCUACCUUAUUUCCAAUUUAAAAUCCAAUUGCGUUGAUUAAAUUUUUUCAUUGGAAAAUCACAUUUUUGGGAUUCAAGUAUCGACUUGAGUAAUGCUUAAGAAUAGUUCAACUUUUCUAGCAAUUUUCCCAUCAAAAUGUACCUAUAUGUACUUGAGUGCUGGAUUGAGUAAUACUUGAGCAUUGAUUAUCGAGUUCUCAAGUAUUUUUCAUCAUGAGCCAAGUACAUCGAUGAUUAAGGAAUGCUCAAGUUCGUGUUCAAUCAAAUUUUCGGAAGUUGAGGGGGGAUACUGAAAAAAGUUCCAAGUAAUUUUUUUCAUCUUUUUAAAAUUGAGCUUAUGUUGCAGUGAUACUCAAGUUUUACUUAAGUCUCAAGCGGUACUCAAGUGAUGCUUAAGUAUCUGACCAAUUUUCAGAGCUGCAUUCCCAUCACUGUCAAAAAACACUUGAAUAGUUGAAAUAUACUUGAGUACUUGGUGGAGUAAUUUUCAAGUGUUUUCUUCAAGUCAUACUUGAGUACAUCGAUGAUUAAGGAAUGCUCAAGUUCGUGUUCAAUCAAAUUUUUGGAAGUUGAGGGGGGAUACUGAAAAAAAUUCCAAGUAAUUUUUUUAUCUUUUCAAAAUCAAGCAUAUGUUGCAGGGAUACUUGAGUUUUACUUAAGUCUCAAUUGGUGCUCAAGUGAUGCUUAAGUAUCUGACCAAUUUUCAGAGCUGCAUUCCCAUCUGUCAAAAAAUACUUGAGUACUUCGUGGAGUAAUUUUCAAGUGUUUUCUUCAAGGCCUACUUAGGUGUUGUUGGAAUACUUGAGUACCGACUCAAGUACCUACUUUAAAUUUUUUUUUGAAAAUUUGUAUUUUUUUUCAAUUUUGCACGUUUUAUGUUUUUUUUUUUUUUUUUUUAAAGAAAAAUUGGUGUGCUCAUGCUCACAAGAGGUACUUGAGUCAUACUUGAGUGUUUUUGGAAUACUUGAGUACUGACCUGAGUGCCUUUUCGUUAAAUAAUUCAACUUUUAAAAAAAUUUGAAAAAUUUAAAAUUCUUUUUUUUUAUUUUUUUUUGUUGAGUAAGCGCGCUCAAGGAAUACUUGAGUAUUAUUCAAAAAACCUUUGUAUUUUGUUGGAAUAAAUUAAUCCUUUAUUCUAUAAUUGCCUCCAGUCUUGUUGUUUUUCAAAAAUUGAAAAAUUCUUGUUUUUUUUUCAAAAAUCAACAAAAAUCUUGUAACACAAACGCUAAAAAUUGAGAUUGUUUUGAAAAAAAUUUCAAAAAAUCUUGUUUUUUUUUUCAAAAGUUGUCUUAUUAAGGUCUUAAAUUUUUGUUGCCAAAAAUUUCCAAAAAAUCUCAACUUUUUUGCAAUUUUAUUGAAAAACUUUGCUUUUUUACCCAAAAACCUCUGAAAAUGGCUCACUUUUCAAUAAAAGGAUGUAAUAAUCUAGUACAUACCUAGACCUAUCUACUUAAUUAAAAACACCCAAUAAACUUUUUUAAUGAAUGAUUCCCAAGAAUUUCUGCUUCUCGUAAAAAUUGUUGAAUUUCUGCUUUUUGGUAAAUUUUUUUUUUUUUUAGCAAAAUUGCUGAAGAUUUUCACUUUUUUUCAAAAAUUCCAAAAAGGCCUUCCUCUGUUAAAAUUUUAUUGCAAGUCUCACUUUUUGCCAAAAACUUCAAAAAUUAUUACCUUGUUGCCAAAAAUUGCCUACAAGUUUCAAAAUACCUACCUAGUUCAAUUUUUAAUUAUUUUUUCGAGCUCUUUUUUGGUUACUAAAUCAAGUCCAAAGGUGUUUUUUUUUUUUUUUUUGAGAGAAUGUCUAAACAUUAUAAAUUUGAAUUUUUUUGAAAAUUCACUUUUUAAAUCCAAUAAAUCCAUACUUGAGUGAUGCUUAGCGCAAUCAGGAGCAGGGCUGGAAAUUUGAAAACUAAAACUGAACUGAAACGCAGAAACUAAAAAGUGGAAACUGAAACUGAAACUGAAAUUUUUCAUGUUUUUUUUUUCUUGUUUUAUUCUCUUUUUUUGUGGACAUUUUACUUUUUUAUGACAAAACUAAAACUGAAAUUGAAAUAAAAUUGAAUUAAUUGCAAAAAAAACAAGCAAAAAAAUAAAAAACUAAAACUGAAAUUGGAAAUUUAAAAAAUUGAAAACUGAAAAUUGAAAAAUCAGUCCAUUGCUUAAAUAAAUUAGGUACUUAAAUAUGUUUUUUUUGUUUUUUUUUCAAGCAGUAUUCUCAUCAAGAAGUUCUUACACGUGAAAUUUGUCGAGCUACCCCUUCCCUUGCCCAUUCACUCCUUCACUCCAUAGCCUUGGUCCUAGUCCCAACUCCCAUCUCCCAAGCAUGCUUCCCAAUUUCCAGCUUUUCUCUUCUGUAUCAAUUCGUGAACUAUAGUUUUGAGUUGAGAUGAACCGUCAUUGUGAAGCCGAAAUUCGACUGAUCAUUCAGAAUGUAAAAUAUUGAAUAAAUUUACCCCACCGUUUCCUCAUUUGAGUACUUAUUAAGUAACCAUACCCUUAAAUACCUCGAGUUCGAGCAAUGCACGCCACAUACAUAUAACCUAAAUUCACAUUCGCACGUUUGAUAUGAAAUCAUUUCGUCGCCAAGUAAGGCCCUUAAUAACGCAAAUUGUCUGAUCACCUUCGAAAAUAUCCGUCCAAUCCUCACAUACGAUUAAUAUUGUUUAUCCUGUUACUCUUAUUGUUAAUUUUAUCAUCUGGUACUUAAGUUUAUGUAUGCUGAACGCAUAGAAGAGGAUUUACUUUUACCUAUCUAUGUGCUUAUAUGAGAUGAAUCACAUAGCAAACCAUUCCAAUUACAAAAAUUUAACAAGUCUGAUAAAGUUGAUUUAACAUUGGUAAUAUUCUCUUUCUCUCGCCUAUACCGAAAUCAUCAUUCCGUUUAAAAAAUUUUCUCAAAAUGAUCGACGUUGAUUUAUAAAACAACAUUGAUUUGAAAAAAAAAAAUUGUAAAAACUAGUCAAUAAAAUGAAUAAAAGAAGCAAAGAUUAACGUAUCGAACGUAGAGAGUAGAGAUAUUUUUUAAAAAAAUAUCGCGUGUUAAGUUUUUAUUUAUAUUUUUUUUUUGUUUUUUUUUUGUAACUUAUUUUUUUCAGUAUUAUUUAUAAAUACAAAAUAUAGACUUUCUUUGGUUUAGUUUUCGCUAUUUUUAAUAUUGUGGUUCGUUAUAAAUUGUAUUGUUAUUUAGGUGAUUACGAGUAUAAUUUUUAGAAUUGUUUUAAUUUGUAAUCGGUCGAAAUCUGAUGCUUUAUAAGUAUAAAAUCACCUUCGAUGAAAAAGCGCAGACCACACUGACCCUUUUGUAAAAACAUACAUAUUUUUCCUAUGUAAAUUUUGUUUUAUUGUACCUACCUAUUUUAAUCGUGUAUUUUUAAAACUCGUUAUUUUAUUUUUAUUUUUGGUUACCUGUGUACCUACGUUUUGAUUUAUAAUAAAUUUUUUUUUUCUGACGAAAGGCAGAGGCAUUACUACCGGUAAUUUCGGUUGUGAAUUUUUUUCUCCCUUCUCCCCCCUUCUACAGUGCCACUGUUUUUGUUUUUUACCCUUACCUAUAUCUAUUACGAAUGUGUAUAUUUUUGUUUUGUUUUGUUAUUGUAAAAAAAAAUUGUCUCGUAACAUGUGUUUUGUUACUUUCAAGAAGAUCGUUGUGUCUUUAUUUUAUCGCAGCGUUUCACGUGUUUUUUUUUUUAAUUUUAAGUAAAAUACGGAGGUUUAUUUGUUGAAAUUUGUUUCGUUUCUCGUACGAUGAAAGUAUCGUAUCGUAAAUAUGCUGUUUUCAAUGUGUACUUAAUUAAUAAAUAUCGCUGUUUUACGUGUGAACUAAAUUACCUACCUUUUUUUUGUGCGUUUGUGUGUGUUUUUUUUUUAAAAAAGAAAACGAUAAAGAAGUUGUUUUUUUCUCUGUAGAAUUUAAGGACUAUGAAGUAUUAUUCGGUUAUGAUACAGAUAUUUUACGAUUAUCGCAUUUAUGUUAAUCUAACAGUUCCUUUGUAUAACAUAUGCAAAAUAAAGGUAUGUAUUGAUAUUCA